GAGUAGGUCUGGUUUCCUGCUAAUCCCCGCCCCUCUCCCUCGACAUCUCGCUCGGUUUCUUGCUCUCCAGCGGCCGUGUGUCACCGAGGCUGGGCUGCGGCCAGACGGAAGCCUGGAAAGCGUUACUUAGCCCAAAGGUGGUAUCGCAGCGGGGCUGGCCCGUCCGGUUUCACACCCGAACAAACCUCGCAGGUUGAAUCUCACGGCCCACUGUGUCAUCACCGUCCGUUCCCCUGAUGUCGGAUUUCAAGCUUGGGAUUGUACGGCUCGGCCGUGUAGCCGGGAAGACAAAAUACACUCUGAUUGACGAGCAGGACAUACCACUAGUUGAAAACUAUGCCUUUGAGGCUCGCAUGGAGGUCGAUGCUGACGGCAAUGGUGCAAAAAUCUUCGCUUACGCUUUUGACAUCGGCAAAGGCCGCUGGGCUGGAAGGCCGCUGCACGAGCUGCUGUGGGAGAAGCACAGAGGAGGCAUUGCCCCCAGUUUUCAAGUCAUCCACAUCAACUCUGUGACGGUGGAUAACCGGCUAGACAACCUACGACUGGUACCGGUGGGCUGGAGCCCCAAGCCAGAGGAGAUCUCCAGCAAGCAGAGAGAGCAAUCGCUGUACUGGCUGGCCAUCCAGCAGGUCCCAGCUGAUCCAGUGGAGGAGCAGUAUCUGGAGCUGAGCCGCACACGCUACUACAAUGCUAACGGGGAGCUAGUGGAGGAAGAGGAAUGCUCCUGUACAUACUAUGAGUGUCAUUACCCCCCUUGUUCACUUAUUGAGAGGAGGCUGCGGGAGUUUAACAUCUGCGGCCGCUGCCAGGUGGCCCGCUACUGCGGCUCCCAGUGUCAGCAGCGGGACUGGCCCGCCCACAAGAAGCAGUGCCGCGAGCGCAAGCGGGUGCUGGCGCUGGAGUCGGAGCCCGAACGGUGAUCAGCCCUCACCCUCGGCUGUGAGAGGAGGAAGAGGAGGAGGAGGAGGGUCAACGGGGGGUACAGGGUUAGAUUUGCGGGAGGAUCUGGGGAGGGGACAAACAUGAACUCGCUGACAAGAGAAUUGAUGACAAAAGACAAUGUUUGAUUGACUGACUGUUCAGGCGCUAACGACAUGGAGGAGGGGGAAGAAGAACACAGCAAAGACAUCUGUCACUUCCCAGAACUCACAACUCUCCAUAGCUUGCUUUUCAUGUCGAUUGCAGGGAAAUUUUUUUUUCUUCUAUUUCUUUUUAUUUUUAUUGUCUCUAUAGUUCUCAUGGAGGGAGAACAUUGAGCUCAACCUGCUGCUAUAGUUUUCUAAGUGAGGGGAGGAGGGCGGAAGAGUUGUCUCACUGACAAACUUGACAAGCUCCCUUGGACCACAGUCGAACAGGCCGUUCUUAUCAUCCACUUUCCACCCCGCCACGCCUGCGCUAACUGCGGAGGAAGUGCGGGACGACGGGGCUACAGGACCCGUCGCUCAGCUGGUAUGUUGGGACAUGGACCUUCUCACUGUAUCGCUCCGUCUCCGACCGCCCUCAUGCAACUAAAUGGCUGCUGCAUUCAUGAUCACACCCCAAGCACCUCGUCUCAUCCUUCUCCCCCCAUUGCUGAUCUCACCGAUUGGAUCACACUACCAGUAUUGAGUGCAUAUGUUGCUGGUGUAUGCAAGCGGGUGUAUGUGUGUGUGUGUACUGCCAAUAUGUGCUGAAGGACAUUAAAAAUGGUGGCUCAUUGGUCAGGUUUAAUGUAUGUUUUUUUUUUUUUUUUUUUUGCUCUUAAAGGGGCCAUAUUAUUCAAUUUUAAAUGUCCUAUUUAAUCAGAAAUUGGUGGUUUGAAAAAUAUUUUCACUGUUCUACAAAAAAAAAAUAGCUGCCAAAAUAAAGGCUUAGUUUUCUACUAGAAUUUUUUCCUGUUUAUUUUUGCUUUAAUUGGUUGGAUUAGGCUUGUAUUUUCUUACUUGUCCCACCCAAUGCUGGAUUUUUGCAUUAUUUAUCUGAUCUUUUCCUGUUGUUGAAAAUUUGAUGUUACUCAAACUGCCCCUUCCAAUCACCCCCGUUUAAAUAAAAGCAGUGAUGGCAGCAGAAUCCGACUAAUCAUGUUAUCACAACUCGCAGGAAGUAUCUUGACCAAAGUCUGCUCUUGGUUUCUGUAGCCUGUUGCUCCUAACUGGUUCAAAUCCUUCCUUCCAAUACGUCUCUGUUUGCCUCCAGCCGUGUUCUUUUGCAGGUUUAUGGUUUGUAUGCAUUAAUUGGAGAGGGUGCUGCUCUUUUUUUUAUUUUAUUUUAUUUUAUUUUUUAUUUGUUUUUGAAGAAAAUCUAUGGAGAUAUAUUUAUUUAAUAACUUGAUUGUGAAACGUGUUAAUAUUUGAAGGUAAAUAUAAGAAAUGGGACCUUUUCUAGCUGAUUGCAUUUGGGUUGAGUUGAAAAUUUCUGGGUUUUUGUGCUUUCCCAAAUACCCAAAUGAGUCCUCCUCAGUGUUGCCCUUCCAUUUUUUUUUUUCUUUUUUUUUUUUUUUAAAUUUUAGGUGAACACACUGCACACUGUCUUUGUCACUAAAAUCUUCCAUAAAGGGGGAAGUCUUGGGGAGAGGGAAAACUUGAAUUUCCUGCUACAGAAAAGUUUGGAGACUGGUUGCUCUCAACGUCUGCCUUUGUUUCCUACAAAACAAAAAGUGAAGUGGUGGACUUUAUUCUCCAAUCACCUGCCUUCCUUGUAUUUCCUGCGAUGCACACCUAUUAAACGUGUCCUCUUGUGUCUCAGACGAGGAGUGCGAACACUUGAGCAUGUGUUUUCGCUCAUGUACAUGCAAGUUGUUUUUUUUUUCUUAUUUUGUGUCUGAAUCUGAACAGGUUUUCAAUACUGCACUAAAACUUGGUUCCUGCUGUUUGCGUUCAAUUCAUUGAUGGAUUGAAAGGAGGGAUGUAAUUUUUUUUUUUCCCCCAGAGUGUACAGAUUGCGUCAAAAACUUUGUUUUUCUAAAAAAAUUUAAGCAUUAAUCACCUAGAAAUAAAGAGCUACACUAUGUGAAAGGAAGUAGAGUUGGAGAUAAUUGCCAGUUGCUUUUCCAUUGUAAAAUGAUAAUAAAGGUUAAAUGAACCUCA